AUGGUUGAUUGUCCACAUAUAACACGAUCAGUAUGUAUUGCACGCCUUGAUCUCGAACAGUUAAAGCGUUUUGGUUAUGGCAGAUAUGAUUCAUUUAAGCAAAAGAAAAUGCAAAUUACUGAAUGCGACCCUCAAAUUGCUUCCUAUAGAAAAAAGAAUACAACAACGAUAGAUUAUGGAAACUGGAGUUGUGUGGAAUGUGGAACAUCGAAAUGUCCGUGGCUUUGUCUUUCAUGUGGGUUAAUUCAUUGUGGGCGAUAUGUUAAUGAAGAUGGUUUAAAACACUUUAAAAUAUAUCCUAAUCAUUCAGUUUGUAUGGACUGUUAUAGUUACAGUGUGUUUUGUUAUUGUUGCGAUGAUUUUGUCGGAUGUGAUACGGAUGAUCACAAAAUUGCAUCAAUUCGAUCAUCGCUCGAAUUUUAUAAUUGUUCUCGGAGCGAUGAUCAUAGCUAUUCUUCGACAAAAUAUGAGUCGACUCUAGACGCGGAAGAUAUAAUUGAAAUUUCUGCCACUGAUUCGCCACCAACAUUUUAUGAUGAAGCAACCGAAGAUGAAGGUGAAUUUGAAGGAAUAUUUUCAAGCGAUUAUGUGCAAGAUGAAAUGGACACUUUAGAAGUACAAAUGAUUGAUGCUGCUGAACAAGAUGAAAAUGAUUCUUCGCGCCUAAGAAAUAUUAAAAAUAAUCGAGAUAGUCAGGUCGAAUUUAAUUUGGGUUCAAGUGGUGAUGAACAUGAAAAGGAUGAUUGUAGCGAAUCAAUGUCAGAGGCUGAUUAUGCUGAUCGUAAAGUGAUAGCUGAUUUAUUGGAAAACAGCCGAAUUAAUUCGUCAUCUGUACUUUCAAAUAAUCAGAUAUUAAAUAAACAUAUUUUUGGGCAAUGUGAUUUCAUGGUUUCUCUGAAAGAAACACCAUUCAUUGGUGGUGAAAGAAAUUUACGAAAACGUAAACGAAAAAUUCAGCUUUUCACUGAGCUUAAAGAUGGUGAUUUGACUGGCAUACAAUCAUUGCCUCUAUCAACAACUGUUAUCGGUUUGCCAUCAUGUGCAGAGAAAGGAACUGCUGUUGAUAGCAAACGAUUGCGUGGCUUAAAAAAUCUCGGCAAUACAUGUUUCAUGAAUUCCGUCAUACAAGCACUCAAGUCAAUUUUGCCACUUUAUUUUUCUAAAAGCGUAUCUAAGCAGAUUUUUCGUUACUUUAUGAGUCGUCUUCCUCCUCUAAAAAUGGAAACAUUUUCAACUGAUGGUUCAUCGCCUCAAAUACCUCGAUAUAAUACAAGAAAUUCUCUGCCUUUUGCAAAUGAGCGAAGUUUUCUCACCGAAGAACUAAGAAAAACUUUAAUUGAAAUUGCGAGUGAUACAAAUUCGACGAGUUUAAUAGUAAAUGCGUAUGGACCAGAUGCACUUUUGGCUGAAGUAUGGAAACUUGUACCUCGUUUUAGAUUUUGGUGGGGUAUUCUCGCUUUUGCAAAAGUGUUAUGCAGUGCAGCGCUGAUCAUUGUUAAUAAUAUAGGAUUUCAACAACAUGAUGCCCAUGAAUUCCUUCGUUGCGUAUUAGAUCGUAUGCACUUUGAACUGAAAAGUUGUCGUAUACCUGAUUGGUUACUUUCUGAAGUUUGUGAAGGUGGUGUAAGAUUGGCAUCAGAAUCUCAUUUUGCGACGAAUAAACGCAAAAAAGGGACUUCGAAAUCUGAACGGAAGUGCGCAAUUAUGGCUAUGUUCGAAGGUUUUUUACAAAGCCAGCUGACUUGUUUAUCAUGCAAUAAAACAAGUAAUAAGCAGGAUCCCUUUCUUGAUCUUUCAUUGGAUAUUUUCCUUCCAUCGAAUGGAAAUCGGGCCAAUACUAUUCAUUUGAAUGAAUGUUUGCAUAGAUUUUUCGCUAAAGAAGAACUUGACACUUGUGAGCAAUAUUUCUGCAAUUUUUGUAGGGAUAAACGUCCAUCAACGAAGCAACUUUUUUUAAGAUCGUUACCAAAUAUUCUGUGCUUGCAUUUAAAGCGUUUCCGUUGGUCGCAAGCUCAUAGAGGAAAGUUGGACAAUAUAGUUGAAUUUCCACUGAAGGGAUUGGAUAUGAAAAAUUUCAUUUAUAGCGAGAAUGUCAAUUCCAAUAUUCUUUCUAAUGAAAGCGAUUCUUCAGUUCAUGGAGAUUCUCGUUCGAACAGUUUUUCAUCUUGUUCAUCACUAACUGCUUGCGCUGAUGACUAUAAUGCUUUGUACGACUUGUAUUCUCUUGUUGUUCAUCAUGGUUCUGGAGAAGAAACAACUUUUAGAGUAAGCUCUGGUCAUUAUACCGCGUAUGGUUAUCACAGCAAACAGUGGUAUCAUUUCAAUGAUAGUUUGGUAAAACCAUGUUCAGAACAAGCGGUUAUGAAGCAAAAGGCUUAUCUUUUGUUUUAUGUUAGACGAAAUCGUCAGUAA